AUGCCCUUUGCUGACAGCUUUCUUGCUAAUAAAAUAUAUGGGCAACCCUAUCUCCCGCAAAAUGUUCCUCAAUUGCUUUUUUUGGGCGAAAUUUACCUCCAUAACCUCCGUACUAGGGCCUCCAAUUAUGCAACGACAGUGUACCUCCAAAACCAACCUUGGGGAUACAUCAGUCUUGCGAAAGACAUUGUUUUUGUUGUAGUUUUACUUGCCUUUGUAUUGCGAAUCUUGCUGCCCCUUUUGACAUAUGGUCCAACUAAAGUUUUGUAUGACUUUUGGCAUCAAACCCAAAAGUAUGGAGCUGCCAUUUUCAUGAAACUUCCCCCAGUUAAGAGGAAAGUUGAUGCAGAAGUUGCCAAGACAGUAGCAGUCAUUGAUGAAAAAGUUGUCAAAAACGAUCCUUCGCUUUUGCAAUUCCUGUCUCUUCCUCUCAAAGGUCUUGACUCUACAUCUGUUUUAAAUGAAGUAGACAGCCUGUUGCUCGUUUUGGACCACAGUGAUUGGGAAAACGGAAAGGUCUCAGGCGCAGUGUAUCAUGGCGGGCUGGAUCUUCUCCUGCUUCAACUGAAAGUGUACGAGAAGUAUAGCGUAGGCAAUCAAUUGCAUCCUGAUGUGUUUCCUGGAAUUCGCAAGAUGGAGGCCGAAGUGGUGGCAAUGGUUCUUGGGCUCUUUAACGCGCCGCAGCUGGGCUGUGGUUGUAGUACUUCAGGUGGAACGGAAUCUUUGUUGUUGGCGGGUCUAGCAGCUAGAGAGUAUGCUAGAAAACACCGUGGUGUCCGCCACCCAGAGGUAAUUGCGCCAGUGACAGUACAUGCUGGUAUUGAAAAAGCUUGUGCUUACUUUGGUAUGAGACUUCACAAGGUCGCUUUGGAUCCAAAGUCGUUCAAGGUUGACAUUCGUAAGGUUAAAAGCUUGAUCAACUCCAACACAGUUCUCCUUGUUGGCUCUGCACCAAACUAUCCACAUGGUAUUAUCGACGAUAUUGCACUGUUGUCAGAUUUGGCUGUCAGAUACAAUAUUCCUCUCCACGUGGAUGCUUGUCUUGGCCUGUUCAUUGUUACCUUUUUAGAACGCUCUAGAGUCCACGGCUCCAAGAAGAUCCCUCUUUUUGACUUCCGACUCCCAGGUGUCACUUCCAUUUCUUGUGAUACCCACAAGUACGGGUUUGCGCCAAAAGGAUCUUCAAUCAUCAUGUAUCGUACUCCGGAGUUGAGACAGUGUCAAUACUAUGUUCUGAGCGAUUGGACCGGUGGAAUGUACGGCUCGCCCACCUUGGCCGGCUCUCGUCCCGGUGCACUCAUGGCCGGAUGCUGGGCCACGUUGAUCAAUAUUGGUGUUGAAGGCUAUGAAAAAUCGUGUUUCGACAUUGUCUCGGUGACGAACACUGUGAGGCGCGCAAUUGAAUCGGAAUCCCUACUCAAGAAACACUUACAGAUUUUGGGUGACCCCAUUGCAUCCGUACUUGCAUUCACAUGCCGUUCAUCAAGCAACAUCAAUAUUUACCUGUUGGGUGAUGUGAUGACAAGCAAAGGAUGGCAUUUGGCCUCUCUUCAGAAUCCAGCCGCUUUGCACUUUGCAUUCACCAGGUUGACAGUGCCUGCAGUCAAUGAAUUUAUCGCAGACCUUAUUGAAUCCGUCAGAGAACUCAAAGACAUUAAGAACAAAUCCACUGGUGAUACUGCUGCGCUCUACGGUGUUGCCGGUAGUGUUUCCACAGCCGGUAUUGCAGACCGAAUCAUUGUGGCAUUUUUGGACGCUUUGUAUAAAUUGUAG